AUGAACCCCUUUUCAACACGAAAUUGUCUCUGGAGUCCAGUGUCCGUCCUGUUUGUCGAACCGCCGGAAAACCACAAGAAAUUUCCGAUGGCGAACUGUUCCAUGCUGCGAGCUCAGGCACUCUUCCUGUCGCAGAAUGCAUCAUGUGUCGUUCUUUCCCCAGCGGUUUGCCGAGCGCCAAUUUGGAGCGAAGAUGAACGCACCAAGUUUUGUUCUAUUCAUUCAACUUCACAAUGUGCAGAGACGCAACAUGGUAAAUGCGUUCAAGAUGACGGAAACCGUACAAUGAAGCAACACAGCCUGACGGACGACGGUGGCCUCUCAGAGGACUUGUCUGCGUUUCUUCUCGCUGUCCAGAAGGCAACAAGAGGCUUUUUGUACAUCUGUGUGCCAGUCACGUGGCCGACUCGCUCUGCAGGCGCAGACAGGGGAGCAGCGGUGCGAAAGUGUACCCGAACUGCCGACCGCCUCUCGCCAGAUGCUGGUGGGCUUUCGUGUAAGCCAGGUUCAGUUCCGGCAACGGCCUCGCCCGCGUGGCUAUGUUGUUGCGUAUUUCGCUUGGUUCACCGUCUCUACGCUCUGCUGUCGUCGAGCCAUCCAGAGGCUUUUGUUCUUCCGGUUCACGCACAGGGCGAGUGGCAGCAGAACUUCCACAAGGCCGUCUGCGCCCACAUUCGCGCCUUCCCUGCUCUGAACGAAACGCCGGCAGUUCCUGGACAUGCGGCGGCGACAACACUGCCGGAGCAGCAGAGUUCGCCUCCUUCUUUUCCCCGCGAUGCUUUGGAUUCCGUUUCGAGGAGCUCCGACGCGGCGGCGAACCAGCCGAAGACUUCUCCCCGGAAUAGAAGCGUGCUGGUACACGAUGUUCAAAGUCAGGACACGACUGCGACCGGAAGGACACCGCCUUCACAGGUUCCUUCAGAUGUGUUAGGCUUUCGUCUGUGUCCAGUUUGUGAGCAUGUCUGUCCGAGCAAGCCAGCGAGUCGUGAUGUCGCUGACGCAUUCGCAGAGAACAUUCGCGUUUCAAUCCCGCCUUCACAGUUCGCUGCAGCCUUCGCUGCAGCCCGGCUGCCCGCAGAACAGUCACCCUCCCUUAGUGGCGACAGCGCAUCGGAGUCGACUCCUGAAGAGAGCCUUCUCCCGUUGUGCCGAGUAGUAACCGAAACGGAAUUGCUCAACCACGUUCUGGUCGCCGGCGCAUUUGACCGCUUGCACGCAGGUCACAAAAUUCUGUUGAUGGCAGCCGCGCUCUUGGCCAGACAGCGCGUGGGACUUGCGGUUACGGCGGGAGGUCUGAUUUCCAGGAAAGUCACCGACGCGUACCUCGCGAUGGCGUCGGGGAUCGAGCCCUUCUGUCUUCGCAGCAGGUCCGCCGCGGCGUUUCUCGCUCUGGUUCUCCAAGCGACUGGCCACACGUGCGUCUUCCGGAACUACACCGAACUGGUUCUUAGCGAGGAACUCGGCUUUUCGGAGAAGGCGCUCUCAGGCGCGGACUCGUGUAUGCCACACCGUGAAAUGGAAGGGGUCUGGCGCGACGCGCUCGCCAAGGCGCCAAGAGGCUGGAACGCACAGCCUCCAGUUUCUUACCAAGACCAGACAGAGUUCUGCUGUGAGGGCGGCGCGGCCGAGUCUCGCCCCGCUUCUCUGUGGCGCGAUGCCGUCGACUUUCCGGCACUCAACGGACGCUUCUGUCGACAAAACAAGCAGGGGAAGCGAACCCGCGAAUCGGAAGAAAACCAAGUGUCUGUGCAUCUGUACCGCAUUGACGACCCGCUCGGCCCCUCCGGAGACCUCGACUUUGACGCACUUGUCGUCAGUGCGGAGUCGAUUGCUGGCGGCCGCUUCGUCAACGCUGAAAGAGUGAAGCGGAAGAAUCGCCCUGUGUUGCUUAUCGAAAUUCCUACUCUCCCACCCGCAACUCCCCGCAGUGUUUGGCGACUCGAGUCGCGUGCACCGAAAACGGCAGACGCGAUUGCUCGAGAUUCUUCCUCUCCUCUUCAGUCUCACGAGCCCGUCCGAAGCUCUGGUGAACGCCAGGAGUUGCUCGCGAAAGCACACGAGCCAUCAUCAAGCGAAUGUGUGCCCAACACAACUCUCAGUCGACAGCGGGCGCCCAUGAAGCUGAGUUCGACAGCCCUUCGCUGCGUCCAGGCGACGAGACUGGGGGUGUCAAGGGAAGAUCUGGAGUAUCUAUUCAACGUCUUCCACACUGCAGCUUCUACUCUGAUUGGGGCGCCUGCGCCCGUUCGAAACGUGCACUGGACAACGUUGUGUGAAAUGAAUAGCGCGCCGUGGCGCCGUUUCUUCACGUUUCAACGCCUCGUCCGACUUGUGAGACUUGUUGAGAGGCAAUGCGGUGAAACCCCCACGAAAGAACCACGGGGUGGAAAACUGACACGGCAGCAACGCGACGCUGUCUCGCUCUCUCUGUUUUUUGCCUAUGCGGGAGUUUUACCUGCGGCUGCGCUAUGCGGUCAAAGGGCAACUUUUUCUCUAGAAACGCAGGGCAAAAUGGACGAACCGGGACUCUACCGGUCCGGGGUUACAAGCGAGAGACCGACAGAAACGCCGGAAAACCUCCAGUUCGGGGCUCAACCUUCAAACGAAACUUCGUUUGCACGUGCGUUGUUAUCGGGGUGUUUCGUCGAUGCUGCCAGUGCGAAAGCAGCGCUACGUGCUACCAGUCGGCUCUCCGCGGAGUGUGGUUCGACAGAGCAUCUCGCUUUGGUCUCCUCCGAAGAUCCCAGCACGCGCGAGUGGCAACGCGACAGUUUUGCUGUCGUCUGGACGUGCGUGGAGGCUGUUCGAUCCGUUUGUCCGUUUCUGCUCUAUGCGGAGGCACACCCGAAAGCGAGGUUCACACAGCCGGAGAAGGAACUCGAAGCGGAGACGGUUCAGUGUUUGAACGCAGUUCAGCUUGUGGAAAUGCUGGACAUCGCAAUUCCCUGGUCAGAGUACCUUUCCGACCGCGUUCAGCCGUUUGUGGAAGAGAACAGCUUUCUCUCUGUCCACGAGUACCGCCGUCUGCGUGCGAACCAGAUUCGCGUCUGGUUGUCACAGUUCUCCCCUGAAACCCACGCCUUUCGUUUAGAGUCUGUCGGUCUGACUCAAAACGAAAUCCAGCAACUCGUUUCCAAUUUAAAGACGGAAAUGAAGCUGCUCAGUGUCCCCGGCCCGGACCGCGACGCGUCCGGUGUCCCUGCAGCCCGUCAGACCGGCAAACGUGCCGCGUCUUGA